AUGCCAUCCGCGAUUGGUAUCGUGGCGCUGGCCCACGCGGCGACGUACUACGGCGAGCUGGACGCAGAUGGCCGUCCGCACGGCACCGGCUGCGUGUACUUUUCGGCUGGCGGCUACUACGCCGGGAGUUUUGUCGGUGGGCGUAAACACGGCCCCGGCGUCUGUGGCUUUCCCGAUGGCUCGCGUUACGAAGGCGACUUUGUCGACGACGAGCGCGACGGCUACGGUGUGCACUCGGUGCCGAUUGGUGAUCGCUACCGGGGGCAGUGGCGGGCGUCGGCGCAGGACGGCGUCGGCGAAGUCCUCGAGCGGUCGGGGCGGUUGCGCCGCGGUAUCUUCCAGAGCAAUGCCUUCGAGGCGCCGCUCGAGCACUCGGAUGACGCUGUCGGACACUUGGCAAAGGCGACGGAAGCGCAGCAGAACGCGUUCAUUGCCGAGCGCAGUGCCCGCGCCUCCGAGGAGACUGCUCAAUUUCAAGCCUCCAUGACCAUCGAUGGCUGGUACAUCGAAACGGACGCCGACUUGGAUGCAUACGAAGCCGAGACCAGUGCACGACAGGAGGUGGCGAGCGCAGAGUGGUUGCGCGAUUUUCGGUCACUCGAGGCCGAGACGCAGGAAGGCAAGACCGAAGAGGCGACGCUGGGGGAGACGCAAAAGCAGCUCUACUUGACGAUCCAAGCCCGCCGCAAGGAGCUCGCGCGCCUGAGCAUGUUUUGGGACGUUGUCCAAGACAAAGAAAGACACUUGGGUGAGGCAAAGCGCGUCUUGGACGCGGUGGAACGCGAGAUAGCGGCCGAAAUCGCGUGGGCCAACGCCAACAAGCCGUGUACCGAGUAG